AUGCAACCCUCAUUCGACGAUGCAGAGACGUCUGAUCCGGGAUUUGUGAACCAGUUGCGGUCAGCGAGCGGUGAACAGACACCAUGGCUGGACCCCAGGGGUACCACAGGAAACACACUGCGGGGCCAAUGCCGGCCUCGUGCCAAUGACCGCCAUUUGGCCGUGAUGAAACGGGAAACAUGUUUGUUGCUCUGCGUUCCAGCCCACCAUUUAUCACGUCGGAAUCUGCUCUUCACCACCGCGUCGCCCUCGCGACUACGGCCGUUGUCCUUUAGAAGGGCCCCUAAGUUCUUUAGUCCUCGCCUGGAUCCCGCCUUUCAAGCCGAAUUCCUGUGUUUUGAGCGCCCUAAGGGCGAUUCUUACCCUUCCCCCCUACCCCCGUACUUUUCUAGAUUCCUCCAUUUUCGCUAG